CCUCCCAGGCUAUAAGGUGAUGGCAAUGCCAGGACGCAGCCCAGACCCUGUGCCAUCCUCAGAGCCCUGCCCCACCAUGCUCACGCUGGAGGCUGCACAGUUGGAGGAUUCACACUUUUCUUGCCAGUACUCAGAUGGAGUCUUCUACGAUCUGGACAGCAGCAAACACCCUGGCUACACGGACCCCGAAGGCAUGGUGGGGGGCCAAGUUUCAGGGCGCCCUCUCCUGCCUUUCCCAGACUCCCUGUGGGGCUGGACAGAGCCACCACCCAGCCUGGCCACUGCCUAUGAGCCCUUCGACCCCUCGGCAGCCUCACUUGGCCAAUUCCAGGGUCUCCAGCUCUCCUACCUGCCUGUCAGCUAUGGCGCCAUCGGGCAGCUGGAGCCGGCCCCAGGCCCAGGGCUCAGCACCUACCCGGAGGGGGAUUUUGGAGGCCAGCCCCUGGCCUCAUUUACCCAGUUCCCCAGUCCUGGCUUAUCUGAGGAUGAGGAGUUCCCAGUGGAUAGCCCAGCCCUGGAGGUGUCUGACAGUGAGUCGGAUGAGGCCCUGGCAACUGGAGGGGAAGGGACAGGAGCCGAUGCAGGUGCCCGGAAGAAGCUCCGUCUCUACCAGUUCUUGCUGGGGCUGCUGACCCGCGGGGACAUGCGGGAAUGCGUGUGGUGGGUAGAACCUGGCGCCGGUGUGUUCCAGUUCUCCUCCAAGCACAAGGAGGCCCUGGCCAGGCGCUGGGGCCAGCAGAAAGGCAACCGCAAGCGGAUGACCUACCAGAAACUGGCCCGGGCCCUGCGCAACUAUGCCAAGACCGGAGAGAUCCGCAAGGUCAAGAGGAAACUCACGUACCAGUUUGACAGCACCCUGCUGCCCCCCCGGCGGGCGUGAGGGCCCCGGGCUACGGGGGGCGGGUGUCUCAGGGCCCCUGUGCACUGGGGAGCCAAGGUGUCUCAGAGAUCCUCCUGCUGUGGCCAAGAUCGCCCUCCUGAGUCCAGAGCCGGUGAAGGCUCUGCCAGAGGCAAACCCUGUCUGGGGCUGUCUUAGGGCCUCAGGCAUCCCUGGCCCAGGACGAUUCCAGCUCGAACUUCUUGGGAAUGGGGGGGGGAAGACUGGGCCCGCCCCGCCACCACCUCCCAUCCCCUGUCAGUCUGUAACCCUUGCCCAGAGAUCAGCAAGCCCCCUUUCUAGCCCUCUCACUCCCGGGCUGGGGGGCCAGGAGUAUUCAGCCCCGAUAUGCCCUGUGACUUUGGGGGAGAUGGGCCUCGAGUGCUUAGCUAUAAACAUGAGGGGCUGCAGCCGCCAACUGCUAAGGGCCCAGUGGUCCAGGCCCCUUCUCACUGAGCGGAUGCAAGCUGGGACCGUCUUGCCCUGCCUGGGUGACUCCCUCCCCACCAGAGCUCCGGACUAAGUCCCCAGGCCUGGAGAAAUCAAAGUCAUAAGGGUCUGCCAAGGGCUCAGACAGAUUUUGGACUGGGGGGAGCCAUAUAGCACUGGAGUAGAACGGGAGAAGUGUGUGCUCUCGUCAAACCUGGAUUCAAAUCCUGCCUCCCUCAGUGGCUGCCUGGGUCACCUACUCUGGCGCUUGUCUCUCUCUAAGCUGUGCAACCUUGGCCAUGUCUCAGUUUUCCCAUGUGUAAAAAGAAGGGGUUUCCCCCGAGAUGAUCCCUAA